AUUCCCAGAACUGUGUAAAUUGCACACGUCGGUAGUUUAGCCCGCCUCUUUCAAAAAGAAAAAGAAAAAGAAAGAAAGAAAAACACGUCUCGUCCAGCCAGUUUUUCAAGUUUGCGCCGAGUCUCCAGGUAGAUACACACACAGAGAGAGAGAGAGACACACACACACACACAGACACACAGACACAGGGAGGGAGAGCAGUCGGUUUGAAACGAACGGACGUGGUGGACAGCAUGAACCAUUAAUCACCGAAUUUUUGGUCUGCGGACGUUAAACGAAUUCGUUUGAGAAAAGUCUUCAACCGUUCAAGAUGAGUCGCCCACGUGUGGACUCCGAGGACUCCCUGACGCCCGAUGAUGAGGUGAUGCCAUACAGUGAUGACGAGACUGAUGACGAGUUGGAACCUGAGGAAGAAGAAGCGGCGCAGCCGAGCGUCCCAGCACCAGAACCCGAAGUAGGAUGGAAGGUCAAGGCAAACGACCGAGAUUUCUUCAAUCUUCCCGAAUUCCAGAAGAAGACGUUUUUGUGCUUCAAGAAGAGCAAGUACUCUGGAAAUUCAAUCAGGACCUAUAAGUACAAUGUUCUCACCUUCCUGCCCCUGAACCUAAUCGAGCAGUUUAAAAGAGCAGCCAACUUCUACUUCCUCAUCUUGUUGAUCCUGCAGAUCAUCCCACAAAUCUCAACGCUGCCCUGGUAUACCACACUGGUGCCCCUGGUGUUGGUGCUUGGCAUCACUGCCAUCAAAGAUCUGAUGGAUGAUCUGGCUCGCCACAGGUUGGACAAUGAGAUCAACAACAGAAAGUGUGAGGUGCUUCUCAAUGGCAGCUUUCAGGAAGCCAAGUGGAUGGACAUUCAAGUUGGCGAUGUGGUCCGACUGAGGAAAAACGACUUCAUUCCCGCCGACAUUGUGUUAUUGUCCAGCUCUGAUCCAAACAGCCUGUGUUAUGUCGAGACAGCAGAACUGGAUGGAGAGACUAAUCUGAAGUUUAAGAUGGGUUUGAAGGUGACCCAUGAGAGGCUGCAGGGGGAGAAUCAGCUGGCGAAUUUCGAUGCCAUGAUUAUUUGCGAGGAACCAAAUAACCGCUUGGAUAAGUUUACAGGCACUAUGAGGUGGAAGAAUGAGGCAUACCCACUAGAACUGGAUAACAUGCUGCUCAGAGGCUGCAAGCUCCGCAACACGGAGGAGUGCCGCGGAAUCGUUAUAUUUGCAGGCGCAGACACUAAGAUUAUGAGGAAUGGUGGAAAGACCAGGUUCAAACGCACCAAGAUAGAUUACCUUAUGAAUUACAUGGUGUACUCGAUCUUCGUGAUGCUGAUCCUGAUCUGUGCCGGCCUGGCGAUCGGGCACACGUUCUGGUACGAGGCAAUCGGCAGUAACGCCUGGUAUCUGUACGACGGCCUAAACCAGUCGUCGUCCUACAGAGGCUUCCUCACCUUCUGGGGCUACAUCAUUGUUCUCAACACUAUGGUACCCAUCUCGCUCUACGUUAGUGUGGAGGUGAUCCGUCUGGGUCAGAGCAAGUUCAUAAACUGGGAUCUGCAGAUGUACUACGCUGAGAAUGACACUCCAGCCAAGGCCCGAACCACCACCCUGAACGAGCAGCUCGGCCAGAUCGAGUACAUCUUCUCGGACAAGACGGGCACCCUCACACAAAACAUCAUGGCCUUCAAGAAGUGCACCAUCAGCGGGUGCACAUACGGAAAUCCAACAAACAAAGACGGGGCCGCCCAGGACCGUGCAAAUCCUGUCGACUUCAGCUGGAACAAGUACGCCGACAGAAAGUUCCAGUUCCUCGACAAUCAGCUCGUUUCCCUCAUCCGCUCGAAAAGCGACCCGGACAUGCUGGAGUUCUUCAAGCUGCUCUCGCUCUGCCAUACUGUUAUGGUGGAGCAGAAGGACGGUGAUCUGGUGUACCAGGCUGCGUCUCCAGACGAAGGUGCGUUGGUCACAGCGGCUCGCUGUUUUGGCUUCGUGUUCCUGUCGCGCACGCAGGACACCAUCACCAUCAGCGAGAUGGGAAACGAGACCACGUACGAGGUGCUCGCUCUCCUUGACUUCAACAGCGACCGAAAACGCAUGUCUGUCGUCUUGAGACUUCCAGAUGGACGCAUCCGCCUGUAUUGUAAGGGAGCCGACACGGUGAUCUACCAGCGUCUCAGUCCUGACUCCCAACACCAAGAGACCACACAGACAGCCCUGGAUAUUUUUGCCAACGAGACUCUGCGCACGUUGUGUCUGUGUUAUAAAGAUAUCAGCGACGAGGAGUUUGAGUUGUGGACUCAUAAACACAAGGAGGCCAGCGUGGUCAUGACCAACCGGGAGGAGGCUCUGGACGCCGUCUACGAGCUCAUCGAGACAAACCUGAUGCUGAUUGGAGCGACAGCCAUUGAAGACAAGCUUCAAGAUGGAGUUCCUGAGACCAUCGCCAACCUGGCUAAGGCUGACAUCAAAAUUUGGGUUCUGACUGGGGACAAGAAAGAGACCGCUGAGAACAUUGGAUACUCUUGUGAGCUGCUGACGGAUGACAUGACCAUUCACUAUGGAGAGGAUGUAAAUCAGAAGUUGUCAGACAGACAGGCAAAGCGGAGGAACGAGGCCGGAGCAACGGGCAAGAACAAGACACAAGAGCUAUUUUUCACCGAACCUGGCAAGAACGCUCUCAUCAUUACGGGAGGCUGGCUGAACGAGAUUCUGUAUGAGAAGAAGAAGAAGCGUCGUCGUCUGCGUCUACGUCGUCUUGGGAAACGCGCCCCCCCCACCGACCCUCAGGACGGCCAACCCAUCAACGACUCUGAGAAGGAGAUGAGGCAGCGUGAUUUUGUGGACAUGGCCUGCGAGUGCAGCGCUGUCAUCUGCUGCCGUGUCACCCCCAAACAGAAGGCCAACGUGGUGAGUCUGGUGAAGCGCUACAAGAAUGCCGUCACUCUGUCCAUCGGCGAUGGAGCCAACGACGUCAACAUGAUAAAGACUGCAGAUAUUGGCGUGGGCAUCAGUGGGCAGGAAGGCAUGCAGGCAGUGAUGUCCAGUGACUACGCUCUCGCUCAGUUCCGCUACCUCCAGCGCCUCCUGCUGGUGCACGGCCGCUGGUCCUAUAUCCGCAUGUGCAAGUUCCUGCGCUUCUUCUUUUACAAGAACUUCGCCUUCACCCUGGUUCACUUCUGGUACUCGUUCUUCAGUGGAUUCUCCGCACAGAUCGCCUACGAAGACUGGUUCAUCACCCUUUACAACGUGUUGUAUAGCAGUUUACCUGUCCUCCUUGUUGGGCUUCUGGAUCAGGACGUGAACGACAAACUGAGUUUGCGCUUUCCGGGGUUGUAUCUGCCGGGUCAGCAAGGAUCGCUGUUUAAUUACAGGAACUUCUUCAUCAGCCUGUUUCACGGCCUCUUCACGUCCCUCAUCAUCUUCUUCAUCCCGUACGGCGCUUUUCUGCAGACGAUGGGUCAGGACGGAGAGGCGCCGUCCGAUUACCAGUCCUUGGCCGUGGUCACGUCAUCCUCGCUCAUCAUGAUCGUCAGCCUGCAGAUCUCUUUGGACACCUCGUACUGGACGUUUGUGAACUGCUUUGCCGUGUUGGGCAGUAUAGCCAUUUACUUCGGCGUCAUGUUCGACAUACAGAGCGCAGGAAUACACGUCAUCUUCCCAUCGUACUUCAAAUUCACUGGUGUCGCAGCUAACGCACUUCGCCAGCCGUACCUGUGGCUCACCAUCAUUCUAACGGUGGGAAUCAGCCUCCUGCCAGCCAUCUGUACCCAGUUCCUCUGUAAGACAAUCUGGCCCACAGUCGGAGACAAGGUUCUUAGAAACAGGAAGAAGUACGAGAAGGAGGAAGAGGAAAAGAGGAGGGUUACGACUUUCAAACGCGGCGCUCGCUCACGCCGCUCCGCAUACGCCUUCUCUCACUCCCCAGGUUACGCCGACCUCAUCGCUUCGGGCCGGAGCAUCCGCCAGAAGUCAAAGAGGCGGCCGGAUAUUCGGGAGAGCAUCAGGGAGGAGCCCAUAGCCGAAAGCAUCGGAGACAUUUGACCUCGAGAUUGUUUAGACAGGCAGGGAAGGCUAAAUAUUUUACACCCAAAUGUUUUACAUAUGCAGCUUGAUUAUGGAAUCGAAAUGUUUAAGGAAACACUCACUCAGAGUCUUGGUUUUAAUAAUUCGAAAGGAAAAACGGGCAUGACACACGAUAGGUUUUGCCACCUGCCGUCUGAAGAGGUUCGAGGUCGUUUUUUUUCACCCCUCCAUCUCGGCUCUUAAACCGCUAGUCCAAGGGUUGGGACCACUUGAUCUGCUCCCCUUCUUUCCGUCGAAAAUGAAACCGGGCCCAGGGGAAAGGGAGUAGUGAAGGUCACUUAAGGGCUUGAGGAGCUCUAUAUACAGCAUGAUUUUUGCAUAAGCUAUAAAAGAGCAGAAUGAGCCAAUGAGAACGUUUACACAAAGGGAAGUGAGCGAGACUUUCUCCCACUCACCACAAAAAAAAAACCCAACACUGGUUUUAAAAAGAGUACACUGUGCAUGGAAAAAAAAAACAACUAAAUAUCUCAGGAUUUUA